GACGUUGACUGUUAGUUUCGUUCUUAUACUUCCUGGUUCUGUGAUCCAUAGGUCAAUCUGUCGUUGUGGCUUUGAUUAAGGGAAUAAUGAAUCGGCUUUUAAUCCCACCCAGUGUUCACAAUCGCCACCGAAUAUGGCUGGAUUCAUCCCGUCCAUGACGAGUGGUUUCUCUGGGUUUCACUUCGUACAUAAACUUCGAGAACUUAUUACGUGAAUAACCAUCCCGAUUUCAUUUCAUUUUCACUGUAUAUUUAAGCAAACUGUAUUCCUGUUUUCGGGUAUUCUUUUCUAAUUUUAAUUAACAAGCAUUACACAUAGUUUUGCCUUACAUCAUUUUUAUGAAAUGUCAGAUUAUUUGUUUUCUGCGAAGUUAUGCUCUCGGGGUUUUCACCAACAAAUGUGUGCUUCCAAGAGGAUUUAACUGACAUCAACCUUUCUUCUCACAAACAGUAUUAACAAUUCACUCAGAACUACUGACCGAUUUCAAAAUGAUUUUUCUUUAGUUUUCAUUUAAAUGGUAGGAUAAUUCGUUUCAACUGAAUAGGCGCCAACGACACCUAUCUGUCAUGAAUGCUGGACGAUAAAUACUAACAUUCUAAUUUAUGUAAAAAGUAACGAUGCCAAAAUAAUGUUCAGGAUCGUAUUCUUCCACUGAUUUAAAUGACAGUUGAAUAUCGGAGCUAGGCUACGAAGAUUGCUGCACAUUACAUUUACUACGGUGUAUAGGAGUUUACGAUUUGGUAAAUCAAUUUUACGAAUCUGAAAAGAGGUCCACACAGUGCCUGGUUGACGUUGCACGUAUUUACAGCGUAGCUAAUUCCAAAAAUGCGCUGUAAAGAUUGAGCUCAACACGUUUAUCUACUAAGAUGCAUUUGAGGUUUACCUAAGUAACUUGUGCUACAUCCCCCCAAAGUCAGGCACAUCUCCAAAGGUCCUAUUGAAUAACGUUGUCUUCGGUACUAGGAAAUCAACUCAUUGACAUUUACUGGUUAAUACAUACACAUGCAAGUUCGUUAUCUAUCUAGUUCAACAAAAAAUACGAAUCUGAUUGUCUUAAUGUUCUGUUCUUGAGACCUAGGAUUCGUAGACUGGUGAUUAGUCUGAUUGGUUGAGAUAUAUUUUUCAGAUCUUGUGCCACUUUCUCAAUCCGAAUGAUCGUCACAAUAGUUGAGGAAGUUCUGAAAGAUAAUUCUCACUUAUAAACUUGGGUAAAAAUAAAACAAAUUUCGUAGCAGAAAGUCAUCUCAGAAGUGGGACACCAAACUCGUACUCCGAUGAACUUUACGUCCAGUCUAGUGUACUUUCACUCCUGUAACCUAAACUGCUAAGCUAUCACCGCGCUUUGAUCUCACGCGAUACUGGAAGCAUACUACGAUUACAAACUAUUGGCUUGACAGAAGUCAGACAAGUCAGAAUUCUUGGCUGUGUUCGAUGUAACGGUCGAAACUAGUUGGAGAUUCUAAGUGACGUUGCAAAAUAUGGUUUGGCUGUCGGUUGACGCUCGUUAGUUCUCUGAUUGAGCGCCAUCUUCCGAUCUUACAUUACCUCCACGGUCGGCUUCCAAUACGUCCUCCUGCCCAAACAUGAUGUGAGUCCUUCGCCGCGCUGUCGUGAUAUGGAGCAGCUAGUUACGAUGGUAAACCGUGUGCUGAUAACUACUGGGUGGUGUAUAUGUUGUAAUUGUAUGUACACUGGAAGUACCUAUUUAACCUCUUACCAGGGUAAGGUGUUGUACUCGUGACUCGUUGAUGGCAGAACUACUAGUUAGCCAUUCUGUGCUGGGCUUGGUCAUAACCAACUCGGGAGUUAUCGGCUGCCAGCUCGUAAGUGUGGAUGUAAAGCCCACCAACGAAGCUGGGAAGUCACAUUGUCAUGUAAGUGAUGUCAGAUUGCUAGGCAGGCAACCUAUCGUAUUUUUAUAAGUGGCUCGAAUAAGAGUUGGUUUUACGUUGUAUAAGAGCACAAACUUGGCCAGGGUCUUGAAAUACUGGAAGAUUGUAUCAGCAAUGUAUGUGUAACACUGUCUUAGAUGUGGUUCGAGCAGUGUAUGCGUUGGCUGCGAGUUAGACGCUAUAUCAAGCGGACUACUCUGCAAAUUGAUCUAAAUACCCAUCCGCUUUACUGCGAUGCGUAGCACGUCCGGACAUCAGGCAUCCUUUUGUUGGCGUGUGCGUUUUGCUAUGGCGUCCCGAAAACUAGUCUGCUCACAUUCCUGUUUUGAAGAUGCACGGGACACUCGGUCAUUGAGCUAUGAUUCUCCUAAACGUCUGCAUUCCGUAAGUUAGUAGUUUAUUCUUCGACAUAACUUGUGGUUGACAUCUAGGCAUCUGUCAUCGAGAUAAUUUUUCUUCAUUUUCAGGCUGUCACAGAACCGACAAGAUUACUUGAGGCUUACAGUGAACAUUUGACGGACUCUGGUGGGAUUAUGCAGCAGUCCGUCUCUGCAUUGGUGGAGUUGAUGUCGUCGGCCAACCGUAAACUUGUUCCAAAAUGCAUUUCUUUGUGUAUUAUUGCUUCGUCGUCUCCAGAAACACAAUUGCAGUUAUGUAAAGAUGGCGCAUGGGAGAUAUUACUUAAAUGGCUUCAAGAAGCCCUCAAAGAGGAUAACUAUGCUUUUUUGUUAGAGCUCUUAAAAGUGUACUUGCUACUUCCUGUGAGAUUGGAGCAGCUUACCCAAAAUGUUUGUCCCAAACUUAUAAAUUCUUUGACGAAACGUUGUGAUCAUGAAGAGGUAAAAUCUGUGGCUGCUGAGAUUGUAAAAAAAUGGAAAGAAGUUAUAAGUUCUGAUUCCCGUCAGUUGGUCUCAAAUCAUGUAAAAAGGAAAAAAGUAGAAUGUGAAACAAAAACAAUUAACAAAGAUACUCAGUCACAUGACCCGUUAAAAGAUGAGAAGAAACGCCGGAGUACUGUUAAAAUACCACCUAAUAAUAUGCGGACAGCAGGUAUGGAAGAUACACCUGCACAACCCCAGCCUAAAUCUAGAUCAGAUAUAUUCGCGAAGAAAAACAAAGUCGAGCAUGAUAAAAGCCUGACAUCUGAACUCCCGAUAGAAUCCUUUCAUCAAAAAAUAACUGUUACUCCGACGGAAUCUCGCAAAGAGAUUCAUGAGAGUUCGGAUUUUAUCAAUGCACUCACCACUUCUCCAUGUCCCGUUGUUCGAAAAAAGAGGAAAAUAUCUCCUAAAAUUGAGCCAGUUGUACAAACUGAUCUCCAUACUAGCAAAGAAGAAAAUUAUACGGAGUUAUCUGAUCAGAGCAGUGCAUAUGAUUCAUUUUCGAACUCCCCUAAGGGAAUGGGCUCCAGAAAAUCUUCAUUGUCUAACAUCUAUUCAACCUUCCCUGCUGAAAAUAAACCUAAAAAACGAGUUUCCUGGGCUGAUGAGGACAAGCUACAGUCUUUCUACUAUUUUGAGCUAGAUGAGUCUGAGAGAGUUAAUGUGAAUCGAGUGUCCAUUGAGGAUAUUCGUCGCAAGGAACAUUCAAUGGAACGUCAGCUUUUCAAACGAUCCCACGAAGACACCGAUGUCUAUUCUCAGAAGUGGCACCCUCCUUGUCCAUUAGAGCGACUUCUCUUGGUCGAACCAGGUUGUAAAUCUAUUGAACGUCAGAUUCAAUUAGAACGAGAACGUUGUGUUCUGCAAGCAAUCUACUUUACUCGUGAAAGUAUUCCAUAUAGUCCAGAAGAGCCUGAUGCAGAAGUUGUGGAGCAUAUCGCUCCUCUUGAUAUACCAUUGGAUGAUCUUACUGCCUACGAAUCAAUUGAUAAAAGUUCUGAAGUUAAUUCUGAGAGGCUAUUAGUUAUGAAGGAUGCCAUGGGAAAUCCACAGAUGUCAUUAAAUCCCGAGGUUGCUAACCUUGUCAAGUCUCUGGCAGCCAAUCUCACUAGUUCUCCAUCUGAUCUUGUUCAAACGAUGCCACCUCAAAUGAACCCCGUCUUAACUACAACAUCCUGUUCUGACUUCAAUUUACAACCAAAUGCUUUUGUUCCUGUUUCUAACGACACAAAAAUGAACGUAAAUAGUCCUAAUUCUGAAUCGGUACGUGGAACUAACGCUCAUUCUCCGAUUGAUCAAAUGCUACAAAGAGAAUUGUGGGAAGUUUUGGAGCAGAAUUAUCCAGACAUUAAUGUUCAUGACUUAAGUGCGGAGCGCAUUCGAGAUCUACUCGAACCGUUACGUGAUCAACUCGUUGCUCGAGGUAUUUUUCAGCUUCGUAACCCAUGCCCACCAAAACCACCUCUUCAGUAUCCUGACUGCCCAGUCGAUCCUCCUGUCCCACGCCAUGGCUUCCGUCCUCCUUUCCGUGGUCCUUCGCAUAUGCCUGUCCCCGUCCCUAGAUCUGAUUUAUACCACCUCCCCAUGGACCAAGGUUAUGUCCCCCUAAUCCUUCUGGUUAUGGGCCUCCGAAUCGAAUGCCUAACAGGCCAUCCUUUCAGUCAAUGAAUCCCACCUUACCUCAUCUCAUUCCUAAUCCGAUGCCUCCUUAUAAUGGUCCGCCAGCAUCUCGAAUGCCUGCUUAUCCUCGUGGAAACUCUCAUGCUAGGAAUAAUGGUCAGCCUUGUAAGUUCUUUCAACAAGGAGGAUGUCGUAAUGGUCACUCCUGCAACUUCAUGCACUCUCGGUGAAAAAUACAACUGUUUCCACUGCUGUUUCUUGUCCCUGGCUCUGUAAAAAAAUCACUUGAAUUUCGAUUUAUGCAUUUUAAUUAGAAAAUAUCAAUCGCUAUCACUACAUCACUUAACUUUACUGGUUGUAAAUAAAACGCUAAAGGUUUUGUAUAGUUUUUUUACAAUAGAAUAUUUAUUUUAUGAAUUUCACUAUGGGUUUUCAAUAAAUUACCAGAUUUCAUGAACG